AAACUAAUGGUUCGGAAUCAGAUUAUGUCAUUCUGCAGUUAAUUUGUUUGUUCUGGAGGCUAUGGAAGAAUCGUUGUAUGGUGGUUUUUCAAUUCAAGCAGCUCUCUCUCGAUGUUCUUGCUCAUCAAUGGUCUCAUCAAGUUAAGGAAGUGGAGCAUGCUCUUUUAUCUCCUACCCCAGAACCAAGGUGGAGUCAUUGGGGCUGCAGCUCGCCGGUAUGAAGCAAUUAGUGAUCCCUAUGUGUUGGAAGCCCUGGGCUUGCGGGAUUGUAUACUUGAUUGCUGCAGACGUGAGCUCCGAUCCAUAUCAUUUUGUGGAUAUGUGAAAUUAAUCAUUGACAAAUGUGUGGCAAGAGAUGCAGCGAACAGCAAGAUUGGUGCCCUAUUGCAGUAGAUAUUUUUACUCU